AGUAUCAAAUCAAAACAGACUACUACAAAUUUAUCUUUUCUCGAACGAAAAAAAAAAGCGAUAAAAACCAUCUCAUCGAGGAAGAAAGCAACCCACGAUAACCCUCUUCUUCUUCUACCCAUCUCGCCGUCGCCGCCGCCGCCGCCGCCGCCGCCGUCGAAUCGAUCGAAGCCCAGCAGCGAGCGAUGGGGCUGGACUACUACAAGGUGCUCGGCGUGGGCCGCGGCGCCACCGACGAGGAGCUCAAGAGAUCCUACCGCCGCCUCGCCAUGAAGCACCACCCCGACAAGAACCGCUCGCCGCACGCCGACGACUCCCUCUUCAAGCAAGUCUCCGAGGCCUACGACGUGCUCAGCGACCCGCAGAAGCGCGCCAUCUACGACCAGUUCGGCGAGGAAGGCCUCAAGGCCGGCGCGGCGCCGCCGCCGACCACCUCCUCCUCCUCCUCCCACGGCGGCGGAGGAGGCUUCCGCUUCAGCCCGAGGAGCGCCGAGGAGAUCUUCUCGGAGAUGUUCGGGGGCGCAUUCGGCGGCGCGGGGCCACGCGCCCCCGGCGCCGGGUUCCCGGGGUUCGGUGGGUCCCCCCGGGCAGGGGAGACGUCGGCGACGAAAGCUCCGGCGAUCGAGCGGCAGCUGGCUUGCAGCCUUGAGGACCUCUACAGGGGCGCCACCAAGAAGAUGAAGAUCUCUAGGGAUGUCCUCGACGCCACUGGGAAACCGACAAAUCUGGAGGAGAUCCUGACAAUCGAUAUCAAGCCUGGAUGGAAGAAGGGUACAAAGGUAACCUUUCCCAAGAAAGGCAAUGAGAAGCCUAACAUCAUACCAUCAGACCUAGUGUUUAUAAUAGAAGAGCGGUCGCACGCUAGAUUCAAGCGAGACAAGGAUGAUCUUAUUUACACGCAUAGGAUCUCGCUCGUGGAGGCUUUGACCGGUUGCACAGUCCAACUGACAACUCUGGAUGGGCGGAAUUUAACCGUUCCAGUGAAGUCCGUCAUCAAUCCUACUUCUGAAGAGGUUGUGAAGGGCGAAGGGAUGCCAAUCACAAAGGAACCGUCUAAGAAAGGGGAUCUGAAGAUCAGGUUUCAGAUCAAGUUCCCCACCAAUCUAACGUCUGACCAAAAGUCAGGGAUCCAGCAACUUUUGCCUAAGCCUUAACUGGUAGUACAAUAUUGUGAACCUGUAUUUAGUCGUUUGUUUAGCAGUUGGGAAUACAUUGAGAGGGUUUGAUCACAGUUGCUGAAUGUACAAUCACUGCUUCGGUGCAAGUAUUGAAGAACAUGUUUGCAUUGGUAUUUCCAACAUUACUCCAAUUGAUUGCCAACUGCUAACAGAGUAGCAGCAGUUCAUUCUGUCAA